AUGGCUCAACAACCCUCCCUCCCCGAGGCCAUCGCCUCCCAGCCCUGGGACCCGUCGACCUGGCGCUCCAAGCCCAUCAAGCAGUCCCCCGCCUACCCGGACCCCUCCAAGCUCAAAAAAGCCGCCGCUGAGCUGUCCCGGAUGCCGCCCCUGGUGCACCCCCACGAGAUCAACGCGCUCAAGGCGCACCUGCGCGAGGUGGCCCAGGGCAACGCCUUCCUGCUGCAGGGCGGCGACUGCGCCGAGCUCUUCGACUACUGCGAGCAGGGCGCCAUCGAGUCCAAGAUCAAGCUGCUGCUGCAGAUGAGCCUCGUGCUCAUCUGGGGCACCAACAAGCGCGUCGUGCGCAUCGGCCGCAUGGCCGGCCAGUAUGCGAAGCCGCGGUCCAGCCCGACGGAGAUGGUCGACGGCAAGGAGCUGCCGAGCUUCAGGGGGGAUAUCCUGAAUGGCUACCACGUCGAUGAGCGAGAGAUUGACCCCAACCGUCUCAUCAAAGCGUACCACCACUCUGCUGCUACUCUCAACUACAUCCGCACCGCCCUCGCCUCGGGCAUCGCGGACCUCCACCGGCCCCUGGACUGGGGCCUGGGCCACGUCCGCGAUCCCGCCCUCAAGGAAAAGUAUUCCAAGAUCGCCUCCAGCAUCCAGCAGACGCUGCGCUUCCUCCAGGUCAUCAACGCCCGCCCCGGCGAGCUCGAGACGGUCGAGCUCUACACCAGCCACGAGGGCCUCCUGCUUGAGUACGAGCAGCCCCUGACGCGCCUCCUCGAGAAGCCCACCCACCCGGGCCCCACCACCAGCGACGACCAGGGCAGCCGCAAAGAGUACUACGACACCUCGGCGCACUUUGUCUGGAUCGGCGACCGCACCCGCCAGCUCGACCACGCCCACGUCGAGUUCUUCCGCGGCAUCGCCAACCCCAUCGGCAUAAAAGUCGGCCCCUCGACCCCCGCAUCAGACCUCCUCGCCCUCCUGCGCACCCUCAACCCGUCCCGCGAACCGGGCAAGAUCACGCUCAUCACGCGCUACGGCGCCGCCAAGGUCGCCGCCCUCCUGCCCAAGCACAUCCGCGCCGUCGAGGACUCCGAGUACCGCCGCUGCGUCGUCUGGCAGUGCGACCCCAUGCACGGCAACACCCUCUCCACCCCCGCGGGCAUCAAGACGCGCCGCUUCAACGACAUCUACAGCGAGCUCGAGCAGUCGCUGCGCAUCCACAAGGACGAGGGCAGCUACCUCGGCGGCGUGCACCUCGAGCUCACGGGCGACGCCGUGACGGAGUGCCUCGGCGGCAGCGAGGGGCUCGACGAGGACGACCUGUCGACCAAUUACACGAGCUUUUGCGAUCCGAGGCUCAAUGAGAAGCAGGCGCUCGAGUUGGCGUUUUUGGUGGCGGAUCACUAUUCGAGGGAGCACAAGAAAUGA